CUAAUCUGCCGGGCUUUACAUAUCCCCUCCCAACGGCCAGCCCCCGCUAAGGGCUCCCCGCGAGCUGUCACCGUAGCACCGGCGCGCCGACACUCCCCCGCCGGCCGCCGCAGCGGCCGCCGCCCGCUCCGGUGAAGCGCAGCCCCCCGCCGUUACCCUCCGGUGGCGGCUGCGGGGGCGGCUCCCCGCGGGGCCGCGCCGGCCUAGUGUGGGGGGGCGGGUGGCCUGGGGGACGGCUGAUAAGGCUCAAUCCAAAACUGUCGACCCAGCUACGGCUUACAGAUUAUUACAUCUAAUAUCUAUCCAUAAAAAAAAUCUAUACAUCUAUGAUUGCGCAUAUGUAUCUAUAAAGGUACUUCGGAGGACCUCAUGAUGAGAAACGAGCCAAUUCCUGCAUGCCAAAGGAAUGUUUUAUGUACAGGUGUGCGGCGCUCCCGUCCAGGCGAUGGCUGCGGUCGGAUGCGGGCGCGGUGCGAAGGCCCAGCCGGACCCGCGCAGCAGCGACAGGCCCGGCGGCCCGCGGGCCCCGCAGCGCACUGCCGGCCUGCCCGAGCGCAGCGCCCGGCCCGGCCCCGGCCCCGGCCCCGGCAGCGGCAGGCUCGGCCCCGGGGAGGAACGCUGCACAGAGAGAUCAGUGCUUGCCCAGCCGACAUUUGUGUUUGAAAAGAAGGACCAUCCUUUGAAGCGGCCUGCAGAACACCCGGUUUGCAAAGCUGAAAAUGAUUUCAUAAGUUGUUUCCGAAAACGUGCAAGAUCAUCAUCUUUUACUUUCCAGAAGUCUGACUCUCAGGCCAACACAGAUACAGUUCUGACUCAGAAAAGGGGGAGAUCAUCUUACUUUACCAUCCUUCCUACCUUCCCCCCCUCCCAGCCAGUGAAGAAGAAUAACAUAUUCAUGACCUCAGCUCUUCUUGAAAGAAACCCUGACUUGCUCAAAAGUACGAAAGAAGGAUCCUUGUCACAAAGUCAAUUGCAGAAUGUCAUUAAGCCUGCCAUUUUACAACCCCCACAAGCCUUGACCUAUCCUGAAAAUCCUGUAGUAUCUCUAGUGACUAAGAAAGAAGCACGUGUUCAGCUAUCUGAAGACAGCUCUUAUUCCUCAGCUGAGAAUUCAGUAAGUUCCAAAAUAGUGAGGCCGUCUACUACCAUGACUCUUUCUAGUUCUAAAACAACACGAAUUCAGUUGUUUGAGGACAGAGGCAUACAAAACAGCAGCAAUUCUGAUUUUGUGUUUGGAGAAAACAUGGUUGAGAGAGUUUUGAGUCCUGAGAAGCAUCCCAAGCUGUGUAAUGAAGCUGAUUCAUACAAAGGAGAAAUAACACCCAUGUACAUAGAAUCUUUUCCUGUCAGUCCACAAACAAGAACAGCUUUGUUGGGAAAUGCAACACUAACUGAAUCAGCAGCUGCUUGCAUUUCCAAGCCAGUGGAGAAAAUGCUGUUAGAUAAAGUUGAAGUUGUAACUGGAGAAGAAGCAGAACACAAUGUAUUACAGAUCAACUGUAAGCUGUUUGUAUUUAAUAAGCUUUCGUUAACCUGGAUUGAAAGAGGCAUAGGAUCCCUGAGGCUUAAUGACACUUCUAGCAAUAAAGAUGGAAUGUUGCAGUCAAGGCUAAUUAUGCGAAAUCAAGGCAGCUUGAGACUGAUUCUCAACACCCGACUCUGGGAACAAAUGCUGAUAAAAAGAGCAAACAGAAAGAACCUGUGCUUCACUGCAACAGACCAAGAGGACCACUCUGUUCAAGUAUUUCUGAUUCAGGCAAGCUCGAAAGACACUGGAUACCUGUAUGCAGCAAUACAUCACCGUCUUGUGGCAUUGCGAAGCUUUGCUGAGCAAGAUCCAUGCGCUAAUCAAGUAGACACAGAGACAGAAAUAGCUUUUCAGCCAUUAAACUGUGAUAGUGAUGAUGAAGAUGACAUAAAAAUAACUCAAAUGAACAGCAGUGGAUCUGGAAUUUGUUUAUUCGUAUCCCUGAGGGGGAACAGAGAAGCUGGAAAAGUACAUGCGGGAGACAAGGAUGACAAUGUCACUAGGCAAAGAAAUGCGUUAUGCAUUAUUUCUUACACUGCACCUCAGCAAUAACUCUUAAAUCUUCUCCUAACUUCAUCCUGAUUGAGGAAUCCUCUCUUUUGAUUGAGGUGUCCUCUCUUUCCUGGCAUGGAAUUCAAAGAUGCUGGAGUCUGGGACUAAGUAAGUCCCAGGAAGUCCCUCCAUACAUAGCCAUAGACCUUAAGAGAAGACCAUAGUCUGUAAAGUCGUAGUGUGUCCCAUAUGGGUCCACCGAGAAUUGUAUGGAUUUUGGAGACUACUGCUGUUGAGAGCUGGACAGUAUCAUAUCAGAGAAGUGCAGUCUUUAUUUUGUUUUAGAGACAUCUUCUAGUCCACUAUACAUGUACCUCCCAUGUUGGCCUCAUUAGGACUUGGUUAUCUGCUGGUGUUUAUUAAGAUUUAAAUGUUAUGAGAGCUUUUUUUAUUUUUAAGUAAAAUACUUUCGAAGUUUUUAAAGGAACUCCUGUUAAGCAACACCACAAGAACUCCUGAAAAACUGAUUUGUUUGAUAUUUCUUGUCAAUUUAAUUUGAAUUCUUAUCAGUUUUUAAGGGUACCAAAUCAUAAAUCUAACACACACACAUACAUACCUGACAGUGAUUAAAACUGAGGAAAAGUUAAGAAUUAACUUCUUUGUUGGAGUCCAAGUUGCUGUAUUCUUUCCAGCAGAUACCAGUAUCAUCUGAAGCACAGAAGAAAAGAAAACUUUCUGAUUGGCUUUAAAUACUGACAUAUAUGUAAUGUGUAAUCAGGAAAGAGAGGGGGAAAAUCAGAUUUAAUGUUCUGACCAACGCAAGGCCUUUCAUUUCACCUGUAAGAGGUUUAAAACUUUUAGUAGGUAUUCAGUGGUGGGUAAAUUGUAGCAGCAAUUUUUAAACACUGUGAUAGUGAUACCAUGUGUCUGGCAUUAGUGAGCUGUAUCUAUACUUUAUGCAGAUGCAUCAAAGUCAUAGAGAUAACACACCACAAGCACUCCUGGGUACAUUCUCAUGACUAGUGAGCUGUUUGAAGAUGUGCUGGAUUUCUCACAGUUUACUGAACAUCUGUUUCGAAGUGCUAAGACAGUGUUCCCCAUAUAGAGCGAGAUGAUUUGCGUCCCAGGCACACUGUCCUAUCUAGACACCUGAAUCCUUAGUGCUUAUGUGCUUGUCUUUAUCGACAUGGGGGGUCACAGUCUUCACUCACUAUUCACAUGCUCAAAUAUUUGUGAAUAAUCCUGUUAUCUAGUUAGAUAUUUACCUAAACCAGGAACUGAUCAUCUCCAAACUUUAACCUACUGCUUUGGUAUUAUGAAAUGCUGGAUUCUUUCAAAACAUGAAUAUGCUCAAAUAAGCAAGAUUGCUUAAAAAUUCUUUUUUGGAUCAUUCUAGAUGGAACCGCAGGCAGUCUGUAGUCUGCUCAUGACACCUACCACAGGUUACAACAGCACAGCCGGGAACUCAUCUUCCCAAAACGUCUAAGCUGAGUCAUUAGAACCUGAAAGGAUGAAAUCAGAUGCCUUUUGUUUUAUGACUUCUAAGCAAAGAUUAAUUUUAGUGACAGCUUAAGUUUAAUACAUUGAGAAAGAACUUGAGAUGCACUUUGGAGGACUCCAGUCGGCCUGCUUUUGCACUGCAAUGGGAAUGACACAAUGGCUUUCAAUAUUCACAAAGUGUUAAAAAGGCUACAGAUUUUAGAAUUAAAUAUAUUUAGAUGCAUUAUUAAAGUAAGGACUUUUAUAGGAAAUAAAUGUGUAUUCAUCAUAUUGAUGGAUAAAACCACAUAACCAUGAAGUAAUAAUAUACGUGAAGAGAUAUUUGUUACUUUUCAUCUGUUAUUUAAAAGAUUGGAUAGCUUUAAAUUUGGCUUCACUGAAAAUAUUUAUUUAAAAUUCUCUGGUAACAUUCAGCAUCCUGUUUGUAAGUACAUACAAGCAGAAUUGGGAGUGCCAGAUUAGCAUGACCAAGGCCUACAGAAACCACCUUCAUAACAAGUUUUUUAGUUUCUUUUGAAAAGAUCUGGAGUUGUAUACUUUUUUGUAGAAUUUUUUUAAAGGGCAAAGGACCACGAUCUGCCUUUACAGUCAUACGCACCAGGAGAACUCACUGUGAAGAACUGCAGGCCACUUCUAGGGCACAUAUAAUCUUUAAAAUCUGAAAGUGUUUCUGCCUGCACUCAUCAACACCUUUUCAGUUACAGAAAACAAGAACUAUUAAUUGUCCAUUUGAUAUACACAAAUAAACGUAUGCACAGUAUAACUGGAUAUCUGCAUCAAUGUUUCUUGUAAAUGUGUGAGAUUAUCUGAGAUUAUUUCUGAUUUAGCUGUAGCUAGCCCUAAACAGCAUCAUUCAUUGAAACAGAUGAGUAUGUUACACAUCCUAAUGUGUUCAAUAAUCCCAGCAGCCCCAGACCCAGUCACUCUGUAAAAGUGAUUCCACAGACUACUGCCUCCUGUCUAACCACUCUCACAAGGAAUUAGAAAACUCGAUUCUCUCUAAUGCCACAUAUCAAUUAAGACUUACUGGAUCAUUCUUAAGCACAUGCAAAGUACAGAUGCCAUUUUUGCUCUGUUUUCUAUUCUUUCUGUCAAAAAGAUAAAGAAGAUAUGUCUGUAACCAUUCUGCUGCAACUCACUGCUGCCUUGUGUAUUGUUGGAUACAAAAUAUUAUUUCUUUGUCAUCCUCGGAGCUGAAAAAAUGUUCUGAAAUAUGUGAAGUCCUUUUAAUUAAGGUAAUUGUAAUGAUUUCUCAAUCUUAAAAGCUGCAUCACACCUGAAGAGUCAAAUUACAAUUUAGUUUUCCUGUCUGAACAUAGGUAUGCACUUGGAAGAGUACCAGCUUCUUCCCGAGUUCUCAGUGCCCUGCAGCAUCCAGGUGAAAUUUAACUAGCAUUUAGGAUUAUGCUGAAUCCUAAAUAGCCUGCCAAAAUUAGCAUUUUGUCUGACAUUGAUGUAGCAUCUGGAUGACAGUAAACUGAAGUGGGACAGGAUUUUUGCCUUCAGGAAAAGGGGAGUACUUCACAAUAGAGCACUAGUGUCAAAUAGUGAAGCACUUGGGUUUCUCUUUGACACUUCGCCUGCUAAUAACAAAAAUGUUCUUUCCAUAACUAGCUGUACAUUUUGUCCUUUCUAUCAGCCUCACUCCUGACCACAACAAUAUUUGCAUCACUGACCUUCAUAUUUCAUUGCUGCAACUCAUACUCAGGAACAAAGCUCCAUGUUAUAAAAACUUCAGCAGCUGUUAAACACAGCAGGCAGGCCUAUGUAUUUAGCAACAGGUCAUGGUGAUAACUUUGCCCUGGAGUUCAGCUGGCUGUGCACUGAAUGCAGAGUUUGAUUUCAAAGUCUGUCCUGAUAAUCAAAGCCUUACAUGAAACAGGAUUUAAGCACCACAGUGUCAUGAUAUCCCUCUAAAUUCUACUACAGCUGUAAAAUCCUUUGCAAAUGCAGGAGUGUUCCAGGGCAGGCACAACCGAGCUUUUGCAGACAUAGGACUUAAACAUUGUCAUUUGCUCCCACAGCAUAAGGAACAAGACUUAUGAUCAUUCACAAAUAAACUCUCUUCUGACCUGUCGCUUCCCAAGUUCAUUACAUAUAUACACAAGUAUACACAACACAUGCUCAUGUGCACACAGACACAGACACUCUCAAAUAUGAAGCUAGGUAUCCUAAGAACUGAGGAGGACAAGAGAUGUUUUAACUAUUUUGAAGAGUUGGGAUGCUGUGGUAAUAGAGGACAUAUAAACACAUGUAUGUGCAGACAUAUUUAAGGUAUGAAUUUUUACUCUUGAGAUCCUAAUUAUUUAUUCUUUUAAGUCUCAUUGCACUAAAAUUCCUUGUUUCUCAUGACUGAAGGUAUACUAAUAUGUAAUAUAUUAACUUGGUUUUAAAAAUGUAAAGUUUGUAAUUUUAUGACAGCCAGAGCAAUUUCUAUGCCUGAACAUAAAAUUUUCUUACAGCUGUAAACUGUGUCUGACUAGUUUGUCUUGUUUUGUGCCCUAGUCAGAGCUUCCUGCAGACAGUUCCUUCCACACUGCAGAACUUCAAGCCUGCUUUCCUAAGGACACAAGAUUUAAACAGUGGUGUACUCUGUCCAUCUAUGUGUCAGACCCACUUCAAGCUCACUGUUCAGUUUCAGAUAAAUUGGACAUGAGGUAGAAAGCUCAAAGGCAAUUUUAAGUUCUUUAUGAAAACUGGUGGUUGUUGAGUGGCUGAACUUAGAGGCAGGUAUCCUCUGAGGAAGAAGUUUCAGGGUAAGCCUGGUAUUUUCUUUGAGGCCUGUGGGGCUGAGUGGUACAUUGUUGCUUCUGAACAAGCUGCAGCAUUUGCUGGGAAGUAGGAGAAAGAAACUUGUGCAAUAAUGGAUACCUGCCAUUAUUGUGGCUUGAAAAGGGUUGUAGGGACAUGACCCAAAUCCAUAUGAAACUAGAUGUCAUUAAUUUGCUGUUUGUAGAGCAACCUGUCCUAUAUUUUGGGGUUUUUUUCAGAUUGUUGUUUACUUACUUAUUUCUAACAAAUCCCAGUGAUUAAUUUAUAUACGUAAGGGGUGCAGAGCUGGAAUCUCUUAUGUAUUAGUGCAGUUGUUUCUGAAAGAGGGAAAAGUAACGGCUCCUAAUAUAAGGAUACAUAUGCAGAUAUCUGCCACUAAGAUUAUGAGUUUCUAGCAAAAUCUGCCUGGAUGAGAUAGUCUAAGUGGCUUAUUUUAAGUUCUGGAGGUGUUUGUAUCUCUUCCGAAAUCUUCUCACUCAGGUUUUUAUGUCAUGAUCUUUAGUGACCUCUGAAUUAGUUUUGACAAACUGUAUGAAGCUAAGAGCUUGGUAGUGUCUGUUAUUGAGAGAAUGAGUACAGGGAAGACCUUGAGCACUUUGAUACUACUUUCAGUACUAAUGAAUUUAUGACAGCCUGUAUGACAUGGACAGGAAGAGGAAAAGCAUCCUCUUUUCCUUAAGUCAGUUUUAGAGGACCUACACUGGGGCAUGCUGGCAAGAAAAUCUAGAAAAAGCAUACAUUGCUUGUUCUAGAGCAGUUGCCUGUCUAAAAAGUGGAGUUCAGAUUCAUGAGUUUUUUUUCACAGUGAAGUUCAUCUUAAAAAACAUUGUGUCUGCAGCUGUUUGAACAUACUCGCAUUGCUUCUGAAAUGGUGAAAUCAGUUAGUCCACUUCAAGGAUGGUGUAGUUUGCUUUGCACAAGCAAAGAGUGGGAAGAAAAGUAGAAAAAUAAAGUUCUGCUAAUUAUAACAUGUUCUAAUGAAAGUGUGGACAAGAAAGCGUGCCUCUUCUCACUGGUCUUUUGUGAUUUUUUUUCCAAUAAUUUGCAUCCCCAAGAAUAACUGCAUUUAUUUUGCUUUUUCUGAAGCAUCCUCCUCUAUUUCGGAAUUUAUGAAGUGAAGUAUAUGGCCCAACUGUGUAAUCACUGAUGAGGGUACAUAUGUUGCAAGCAAAAUGCAAGCACACGUGGAUAGAACCUAGGAUGAGAAAUUCAAUCCAACUACACCUACUGAUGUGUUCAUCUACCUGCCUUGUAAGGUGUGUUGCACAAGUGUGACAUGUUCUCCAAGUAUUAGUCUGGGGUUUUCCUCCAGAUAAUCAGCAUUAACAGCUGUGGUCAGCUGGGCUCAAAAUCUAAGGGCUCAAUUUUGUGAAAUGUUAUAGUGAUGGUCUGUUUACCUCCUCCUCUGUGAAUGCAACACUGGUGGCAUUAACAUUUCAACACAAAGAUAGUGCUAUCAUUUUCAGGUACCACUAGUACUUUUAGGGGCAUAUAAAUUAAGUCUAGAGAAUGUAAAUGCAAAUGAUUGGAUUAGUUAAUUAUAUAACUGGUUAUUAAUUAAAUGAUCACAAGAAGGCAUUACAGCAAUAAAAAGUAGAAACAAACAGUUCUCCUAGACUAUAACUGCACUAGAAGCAGUAUGUGCCUUCCUUUGGAGACAUUAUGCAAAACUGCCCAUAGUCUUGCAUGGCGAGUUUUGUAGUUAUUUUAACAGCUUGGGAAUAAUACAGUAUUUACAUAGAAUUUUUUCCAGUUACAUUGUUUUGUGACACAGAAUAGAUUAUUUUAAGUUUAUUACAUAGAGGAUGCUUAAAGUCCACUGUCUUGGAGAAUGUAAAACUAAGGGUGCCUGGUUUUCUAUGGAUUAGUGUCUUGAAAUUUACCUCAUGUAUUAUAACUAACUCCUUGGUGUCUACAAUGGGCAUUACUCUGAAACAUUUUCCUUACUGCAGGCAGUAUUGAGGUGUCUGUUUCCAUGAGGAAUUUUUAAGUACUUUGUGCCCAAAACAAAGUUGGCUGUGGUCAGCCACAAUAACUUUUGAAAGUUAUUACAGUAGGAAUUCACCCCUACUCCAUACUUUUAUCCUAUAAGAAUACCAGGCUAAAAUGCUUGUGCUUAUUUAUUUAAUUCUGUAUUAACAGAUCUGUCCCUUAAUGCACUGGGUAUAUUGCUCUGAAGAUGGGGCAUGAAGACAUGUCACAAGCUGUGAAUGUAUGUCAAAAUAAGUAAAGCAUCAUUUGACAGAUAGAAAAGGUGUAAUAAGGGAGAGGUUAAGUAGUGCCUAUUGAGCAUUUUAUAAGUAGGCCAUUUACAAAGUAAGAUGCAAACUGUAAGUAACAUUCCACGAACUCUGUUUUAUGUGUUAUGGGAAGUGUAAACCUUUUUCCACAUAGAUAAUGGGGUGUCAGAUGAGCUCUGUACUCUUCAGCUAGGCUGUCAGAGACUUCUUGCUGGGAAGCCUGAAUGAAUUGCUUUCAUGCUCCAUCCCUCCGCUCUGCUUCCAAAACAUUAAGAUACCAUCUACUGUUUUGAAUUUACAUUUUAAAAUAUGUAUUUCAUAUUUAAUGCUUAUAAUGCUUGCUGUGGGUAUCAAUUCAAAAGACCAUAACACGAUAA